AGGUUUGGCAGGCAGAGGAGGAGCUGUCGCGGGCAGCCGCCUCACAGCGAUGGCGGCCGAUCAGGGCCGGCAGAGGUGGUGGCUGCGGCUCCGGCCCGAGACUGCAGUGGCGGCUGUAGCGGUGGGUGGCGGGGGCCUGUGACCGGGACCUGCCCCCGGAUCCGAGCACCAUGAGCCAAGGGCCCCCCACAGGGGAGAGCAGCGAGCCCGAAGCAAAGGUCCUCCACACUAAGCGGCUUUACCGGGCUGUAGUGGAGGCUGUGCAUCGACUUGACCUCAUCCUUUGCAACAAAACCGCCUAUCAAGAAGUGUUCAAACCAGAGAACAUCAGCCUGAGGAACAAGCUCCGUGAGCUCUGCGUCAAGCUUAUGUUCCUGCACCCGGUGGACUACGGAAGGAAGGCUGAGGAGCUGCUAUGGAGAAAGGUAUACUAUGAAGUUAUCCAGCUCAUCAAGACUAACAAAAAGCAUAUCCACAGCCGGAGCACCUUGGAAUGUGCCUACAGGACCCACCUGGUCGCUGGCAUCGGCUUUUACCAGCAUCUCCUCCUCUAUAUCCAGUCCCACUACCAGUUAGAACUACAGUGCUGCAUCGACUGGACCCAUGUCACUGACCCCCUGAUAGGAUGCAAGAAGCCAGUGUCUGCCUCAGGGAAGGAGAUGGACUGGGCACAGAUGGCAUGCCACCGGUGUCUAGUGUACCUGGGGGAUUUGUCGCGCUAUCAGAAUGAAUUAGCUGGCGUAGACACUGAGCUUCUAGCUGAACGAUUUUACUACCAAGCCCUGUCAGUAGCUCCCCAGAUUGGAAUGCCCUUCAACCAGCUGGGUACCCUUGCGGGCAGCAAGUACUAUAACGUGGAAGCUAUGUACUGCUACCUGCGCUGCAUCCAGUCGGAAGUGUCCUUUGAGGGGGCCUAUGGGAAUCUAAAGCGACUGUAUGACAAGGCGGCCAAAAUGUACCACCAGCUGAAGAAGAGCGAGACCCGGAAACUCUCUCCCAGCAAGAAGCGAUGUAAAGACAUUAAGAGGUUGCUGGUGAACUUUAUGUACCUGCAAAGCCUCCUGCAGCCCAAAAGCAACUCCGUGGACUCAGAGCUGACGUCACUUUGCCAGUCAGUCCUGGAGGACUUCAAUCUCUGUCUCUUCUACCUGCCCUCCUCACCCAACCUCAGCCUGGCCAGUGAGGAUGAGGAGGAGUACGAGUGUGGAUAUGCUUUCCUCCCGGACCUGCUCAUCUUUCAAAUGCUCAUCAUCUGCCUUAUGGGCGUACAUAGCUUGAAGAGAGCAGGAUCCAAGCAGUACAGUGCAGCCAUUGCCUUCACGCUGGCGCUCUUCUCCCACCUCGUCAAUCAUGUCAACAUAAGGCUGCAGGCGGAGCUGGAAGAGGGCGAGAAUCCUGUCCCGGCAUUCCAGAGCGAUGGCACAGAUGAGUUAGAGUCCAAGGAACCCUUGGAGAAGGAGGAAGAGCCGGGCCCUGAGCCUCCUUCCACACCACCUCCAGCGGGCGAGGUCAGAAAGAGCCGGAAGUUCUCCCGCCUGUCCUGCCUUCGCCGCCGCCGCCACCACCCUCCCAAAGCUGGUGAUGACAGUGACCUGAGUGAAGGCUUUGAUUCGGACUCAAGCCAUGACUCGGCCCGGGCCAGUGAAGGCUCGGACAGCGGCUCUGACAAGAGUCUCGAAGGUGGAGGAACAGCCUUUGAUGCCGAGACAGACUCAGAAAUGAACAGCCAAGAGUCCCGGUCAGACCUGGAAGACAUGGAGGAUGAGGAGGGGACACGGUCCCCAGCCCUGGAGCCCCCUAGGGCCAGAUCAGAGGCUCCCGAGUCCCUCAAUGGCCCAUUGGGCCCCAGUGAGGCCAGCAUUGCCAGCAAUCUACAAGCCAUGUCUACCCAGAUGUUCCAGACCAAGCGCUGCUUCCGGCUGGCCCCCACCUUCAGCAACCUGCUCCUCCAGCCCACUACCGAGCUGCACACGACGGCCCCCCACAUGCCGUGUGUCAACGGAGAUGUAGACAAGCCCUCAGAGCAAGCCUCGGAGGAAGGUUCUGAGUCAGAGGGGAGCGAGUCCAGUGGGCGCUCCUGUCGGAAUGAGCGCAGCAUCCAGGAGAAGCUGCAAGUCCUGAUGGCCGAAGGCCUGCUUCCUGCGGUGAAAGUCUUCCUGGACUGGUUGCAGACCAACCCCGACCUCAUCAUCGUGUGUGCACAGAGUUCUCAAAGUCUGUGGAACCGCCUGUCUGUCUUGCUGAAUCUGUUGCCAGCUGCUGGCGAGCUCCGGGAGUCUGGCCUGGCGCUGUGUGCCGAGGUCCAGGAUCUUCUUGAAGGCGGUGAACUGCCUGACCUCCCCUCGAGCCUGCUGCUCCCAGAGGACACGGCACUUCGGAACCUGCCUCCCCUCCGGGCUGCCCACCGACGCUUUAGCUUUGAUGCGGAUCGGCCCCUGCUCAGCACCUUAGAGGAGCGGGGCGGGCUCUGUGUCUCCUCACAGACGGCCGUGCGCAUCUGCUGCCUCCGCAGCUUUGGCCACUUCGUCUCCCGUCUGCAGGGCAGCGUCCUACAGUUCAACCCCGAGGUGGGCAUCUUCGUCAGCACCGCGCAGGUCGAGCAGGAGGGCCUGCUGCAGCAGGCCCAGGCGCAGUUCCGCAUGGCGCAGGAGGAAGCCCGGCGGAACAGGCUAAUGAGAGACAUGGCCCAGCUACGACUUCAGCUCGAGGUAUCUCAGCUGGAAGGGAGCCUGCAGCAGCCCAAGGCGCAGUCAGCAAUGUCUCCCUACCUCGUCCCCGACACCCAGGCCCUCUGCCACCACCUCCCGAUCAUCCGCCAGUUGGCCACCAGUGGCCGCUUCAUUGUCAUCAUUCCAAGGACAGUGAUCGAUGGCCUGGAUUUGCUGAAGAAGGAGCACCCAGGGGCCCGGGACGGGAUCCGAUACCUAGAGGCGGAGUUUAAAAAAGGAAACAGGUACAUUCGCUGCCAGAAAGAAGUGGGAAGGAGCUUUGAGCGGCAUAAGCUGAAGAGGCAGGAUGGAGAUGCCUGGACUCUCUGUAAGAUCCUGGACAGCUGCAAACAGCUGACUCUGGCCCAGGGCACAGGUGAAGAGGACCCGAGUGGCAUGGUGACCAUCGUCACAGGUCUUCCACUGGACAACCCCAGUGCGCUCUCAGGCCCCGUGCAGGCAGCCCUGCAGGCCGCUGCACAUGCCAGUGUGGACAUCAAGAAUGUUCUGGACUUCUACAAGCAGUGGAAGGAGAUUGGUUGAGACUGGCACCUGGGCCCUGCAGUGGGGCUGACUCCAGAUCUCUCCUGUCCACCCUGGGUAGUCACCCCACCACACGCAGACUCGGCACGCACACAGGAAGGCAGCCCGGCUGCACGCCGGCUGCAGGGAGGGCCCAUGCACGGCGGGAGGGCAGGGCCCCCACUGCUAAGAUGGGGACGGCAGGACAGUAAGGACGUGCUUGGAGCAGGAGAGGCCUGUGGGCCCCUAGCCAGCCUUCCUGCCUCAACCACCCCCCUCGUCAUCCCCAGGGGCAGGUGGCAGGCAGGGAUGUCUGCGUGUCACAGUGGUUCCUGGACCUUUGAGGGGUAGGGACAGCAGAAGGGUCCUUUUUCCUCUCCUGAAACACAGGGUCUCUGGGGCCAGGAGCUAGGACCCUCCAGCCCUGGAGGAGGAGUUGGCUAACACCAGACGUUGGGGUGUUUCUCUGCAGACCCUUCCCCUCCUCGAGGGACACCCAUCCUCGCAUCUCUCUCUGUGGGCGCCAGGCAGCUCUGGAGCCUUGGGGACUUUUGAGGCAGAGGGGCCUGGAGCUGUCUGCACAGUAGCAGGGCCAAGGCUUGCAUCCCUUCCUCCAGCCACAGGGGCUGCCCACCCAGGUGCCACUUCUGCUUUCUGUCUCCCCCUUUGAGCUUCCAGGGCAGGGAGCAGACCUCACUGACGGCUGCAGGCAGUCUAGCCUGUGUGCUAGGGAGGCUUCCUGUGCCCACCAGCACCACAGUCACCAUGCCUGUGCUCUUGGCUGCUGUGCUGGGACAGAGUGCGAUGCCUGUAAGAGGAGAGUGGGGCAUAGUUUAAGGCCACCAUCCCCUUACUCUCUAGGGAGGGGCCUGCGUUCAGGAGGGCAGCAGAAAGGAGAGGCUGCCCAGUCAGGGGCCCUCUGUCCUGAUAGGUUUCCCUGCUUCUGGCCUUUCCCAGGGUGGAAAGCCUGGUGGCACGAGCAUGGGGCUAGCUUUGUGUUGAGAUGAAUGUGCGAGCAGAGACCAGGGAUAGCUCAGGGCCGUGAAUGGAGCAGCAAAAGCAGGCUGUGUGGGGGAGGCUUUGGCCAGAAUUGCCUCAGCCCCUCCCCCUUGGGCCAGCUCCUCUGGAUGUUGGGGGUGGGGAUCUCAGUUCUGCGGUCCCCCACCCAGCUGCCCAGGCUGUUCUCAGAGGAGAUCAGGCUUCCUGCGUCCUUCCUCUCAGACAGCAAGUCUGGGACAACCUGGGGAGAGUCGUGUUGCUUCCCGCCCCCAGCCCCUGGCAGAGACUGAGACUGAAGCAUCACUUAAUAAAACCCCGGAAGCCCAGUG